AUGAUCAAGGAGAAGGAGAAGGGCGGAGGUGCCCGUCUUAAAGACGAGCCCAAUGAUCCUGCUGAGCCCGGUCAUGGAUCGCGUCCGCCAUCAGCGUCGCUACCGACUCCGGCGGCGCUGAAAAAAGAGCCUGACGAGCCACCGCACAGGGUCAAAAUGGAACCGCACACUCAGCCUGGGGGUGAAGAUUCAGCUGCAGACCUAGGGGUUGAUGGCAUCAAGACCGAAAUCGACGGCCUUAUGGACAGUGAUGGUGACCCCACAAAAUCGCCACAGUGCGAACUCGGCGGGCCAGCGUCUCUAAAAUCAGAACGAUUAUCGUCAGAUUCGACAGACAUAUUGGAUCCACAAACUGGCCUUAGAGGCCCGUCAAGUAAUCUUCAGGAUGGAAAUCAAAAUUGCCGUAACCCCAACGGUGGUCCGGAGAACAUGGGGUCAUGUCGCAUGGGGGGUGGGGGUGGCCCGAUGGGUCCCGGCGGGCCUAUGGGAGCUAUGUCCAGCGAGCCACAGACUUUGCCCUCCAAUGUGAUCAGCAAACAGGCCGGCAGCAUGGAGCAAAGCCAAAUCUUCGUGUUUUCUACGUUGCUGGCCAACAAGGGCGCCGAGGCAGUCAUAUCUGGACAACACCAUUCAAUAAUAUCAUAUCAUUGUGCACAACCCGGCACUAAGAAAUAUCUUGAGAAACACCCACUCAAGAUGGGCCAAUUCAACAAGCAAAGUCCCGCCCAGUGGUUGAAUAAUCUUGCUAUGGCUAAAACUAGAGGAGGAAUGCGUGGAGGGCCAAAUAUGAUGGGCGGACCAAACCAAAUCGGGCACAUGAUGGGCAGUCCAAUGGGACCGAAUAUGGGCCCGAUGGGACACGGCGGCAUGGGCCCCAACAUGAUGGGUCCUAACAUGAUGGGACCAAACAGAAUGGGUGGGCCGGGCAGUCAGAUGAUGAUGAUGAAAGGCGGGCCUAGUCCAAUGGGGCAAAUGGGGCCCGGAAUGGGUCCAAUGGAUGGGUUUCCAGGGGGCACCCCGUCCUGUGGUGUCAUGGACGGCCUCGGUGCUGAUGGUGAAAUGCCCUGGGACACCAAAAACCCCUCUGUAAUGUCGAACGGCAUGGCUAAUGGACCGGGCUCUCUGCCCGCGUGUUCCGAGGCGGGUUCUGCGCCUCAGGACACCCCAUCCAGCCAAGCGUCUGCUGACAACGGGUCGGAGUCGUGCCAGACUGGGCCUAAAGGUGUUAAAAUACCCGACGAGAAUUUAACACCACAGCAACGUGCACACAGAGAAGAACAACUAGCCACAAUACGCAAGAUGCAACAAAUGUUAUUUCCAGAAAGCGGAGGAAACCCCAAUCAGGGUCCUGGCGAUGGCUCACAACCUUCAAACGACAUCAACCCUCCAAAUUCAUCUGCGAAUAUGAAUAUGGGGCCUUUUCCACCCAUGUCUGGCAUGGGUCCAAAUGGACCUAUGGGGUCUAAUGGCCCAAUGGUAUCAAUGCCAAACAGUAUGAAUUCAGGUCCUAGUUGUACUAUGUCUGGACCAAUGGGACCCAAUGGACCUAUGGGAGGUCCUAUGGGUCCAGGCGGCCCAAUGGGACCGAACGGACCAAUGGGAGGCCCGAUGGGAGGCAUGGGUGGGCCGGGCGGUAUGGGGAUGGGUGGGCAUGGCUCUAUGGGACCUAAUGGAAUGAUGGGGCCUAAUGGACCAAUGAUGUCAGGAAUGGGUCCUAAUGGACCUAUGAUGGGGCCUUGUGGUAUGAAGGGCAUAAGGGGUCCAUGUGGAGGCCCUGAUAUGAAAUCUGGAAUGUGUUCAGACAUGCAUAUGGGUAGGGGUUGUGGAGGACCAAUGGGGCGAAUGCCAAAUCCAAUGGGUGGAAUGGGAGGGCCUAAACCAUGUAUGAUGGGAGGGCCACAUAUGGGACCUAGAAUGAUGCCAGGACCUAACCUCAACUCUAUGAAUGUGCCGCGUGUUGCAGGCGGCAUCAUGAUGGACGGCAGCAUGAUGGGUGGCAUGGUACAUGGGGACUGCGGGCCUGAUCAUCAUGGUAUGCCUGUUAACGGUCCCAUGUGUGAUGAAUAUGGACGUGGGAGAAAUAUGGGUCCAGGAGACCCGGGUGGGCUUGGUCCAGGUGUCCAUAAAGCGGGGCUUCGGAGCCCCAAGAGCCCCGCCUCAGCUGAUAUCGAUUGGCAAAAAAUACAUCACCAAUUCUUCGACGACCCAAAGUCCAUGGAUAAUGAAUUAAGUACACAAGUUAAGUCACCGUGCUCAGAACGAGGUGGCUGUUUACCGCCUCCUCCUUAUGGUGCCUCACCUUUACACCGAUCCGCCUCUGUGCCUAUAGCAACACAAUCUCCCGGCCACGGUUCAGUCCAAAUGCCGAUGUCAGCGGAAGCGUCCCGCGCCGGCAGCGGACUCAACAGUCCUGCGCACUGCAAACCGGGGCCUAAGCAGGACGCACCAGAAAUACUAGAGAAACUAGACGAGGGGGUGUUUGUCCGUACUCUCCAAUGUUUGGCGGCGCAGCAGCAGAAGAAUCAACAAGGUGGUUCUCACGGCAAGGAGCCGAGCUUGAUGCCCGUGCCGUCACCGCAGCAAAUAUCGUAUCUCAACCAGUUCGAAGGUCAAGAGUUAACAAUACAAAAACAACCAAACACCUCAUUAAAAGACAACGGGCCGCCGUCAAACAGUGGAGGUCAAACGCCACAAUCUAAUUCUAAUCAGAAAUCACCUGCCGGCAUGAUGCCGGGCACCCCCGAGCCGCAUUCGUCGUUAUCAGAAGCUCGCGCUGGCCGUUUCUCUUUAGAACAAAGCCCUGGCUUCAACAACCCCCAGACGCCCACCUCAGCCGCAAGCACAAAAUGCCAAGACGAAAAAUCCCGACCAAGUCCAUCAUCAAACAGAUCAAGUCAAGAAAGUGCAUCAAAAACGCCUCAACGGGAGCAAUUGAGCCAAGGUCCUUACGCACCAUCGUCCGUCGCCUCAUCAUGUGCUGGGAGCAAGAGCAGUUGUAGUGUCGCCAACAGCACGGCGCCUAGCAAUAAUAGUGGGAGUAUGGACGACACGCUCGCAGGAAAUAACGAGACAACGUUAUCCGGUGGUCCCAAUAGCACGAGUCUCCCAGGACCUUUCCCUGGACCCUGUAGUAUGAACAGGCCAGACAACAUCCCCAUCAACCCUAACCAGGGUCCAAACGGACCCAUGGGUACAUCCACGUCUUCCUUCGACCCCAUCUCAUCACUUGCACAGAUGUCGCAACAAUUAACGAACACGGUGGGAGGCGGUGGGCCUGGACCAGGUGGACCUAUGGGACCUAAUGGCAGUGGUAUGGGACCAUUCGGUUCUGCCCCUCAUCACAUGCAACACCAUCACUCAAUGCAUCCACAUGGACAUCCACACAUGAUGAUGAAUGAAUUAGGGUGCCACAUGGACAGUAUGGGAGGCCCUGGUAUGGGCGGCCCGAUGGAGGGCAUGAUGCCUGGAGGUGAUUUUCCGCCAGACAUGAAUUUAAGUCCAAAAAUGGGCGGUGGGCCAAUGGGUGGACCUAUGGGACCUAUGGGCCCGGACGCGGGGAUGAUGGGACCUAGAAUGGGUGGUCCAGGCAAAAUGCCACCUUUCAACGGCGCCAACGUUCAAGUGAAAGCGAGUGCACCUAACACGAUACAGUACCUUCCGACAAGACCUCAGAUGCCCUGUAACUCGGGUCCCAGAGGUCCUCCUAGUCUCGAUUUUCUGCAGCGAGUCACGAAUCCUAUGCAAAUGGAGGGUAGUAAAGGCGGCGUUCCCUACUUCCCCGGAGCGCGCGGCAUGGACAUGGAGGCGGGCAUGCGCGGUGUCAUGCGGGCACCGGGCAUGCUGCGUAUGCCUCACCACUAUCCGGCCGGAUUCAACUCCCCGCCGAAGAUGGGAUCAGACCCGUUUGGAGGGCCCGGACCGAACCCUAUGUGCGGGCCCAAUUUCCGUGGCGUAAAGGGUGGCAUGGGCCCCGGCAACGUGCGCAUGGGUGCGGCGCAGCCGCUGCCACCGUCCAUGGGCGGACCGGGGCCCGGCUUCAAGGGGCAGGGAUUCGCCGUGCCAUCCACGGCGGACCCCACGUAUGCGGCGCAGUUCCACAACUUCCAGCAGCAGCUGUACGCGACGGGAAGCCGCGCGGCCCAGCCGCACCAGGGCUACCCGCCUUACCAGCAGUCCAAGUGA